GCACCGCUCGCCCGCAUCCUCCCUCCCGUCCGCCACCGCAUUAAUUCGCUCCCACCGCUUCCCAACAAACCCGCCGCCCGCCCUUGACCGCCGCAGGCCGCAGCCAUGGCGCUCGCAGCGACGCCACGCCAGCGGUCGGCGCCGGCCGUGCUGGUCGCGGCGGCGCUGCUCUCGCUUUCACUCUCACUCUCAUGCGCGCAGGCGCAGGCGCCGCACGUGGCGGUGCCACCCUCGGCUCCCCCGAAGGCGGCGGCGCCGGGCCCGGCCGCGGGGCUGAGCGCGGCGUGCCUCAACUCGCUGCUCAACAUGACGGACUGCCUGCCGUACGUGCAGGCCGGGAGCAAGGCGCGGGCGCCGGAAAAGCCGUGCUGCCCGGAGCUGGCCGGCAUGGUGGGCUCCAACCCCGUCUGCCUCUGCGAGCUCCUCUCCGGGGCCGCCGACUCCCUCGGCAUCGCCGUCGACUACGCCCGCGCGCUCGCGCUCCCCGGCGUCUGCCGCGUCGCCACCCCGCCGCUCAGCACCUGCGCAGGUAGUAAUAAACUAACUCGAGCCCUUCCGCUGCAGGUUGCCGCUGGAUUUGCUGCUCUACGAGUCUCUAUUGAGGUGGAUUUGAUCUGUGUGGAUAUUAUUCUCGCAGCAAUGGGAUACAAUGUUCGUCUGGGCCCAUCUCCGGCGCCCGCGCCGGGAUCUCCCUCGCCCAUGUCGCCCGGCGACAGCCCGCAGUACCCUGCUGGUCCUUCGCCGUUCGCCUCGCCGCCGGCGUCGCCGAAGCCCAGCCACGCCGCGCGCAGCAUCCACGCCGCCGGCGUUCUCGUCGCCCUCGCCGCCUCCUUCGCCGUCGGGAUCGUGUUCUUCUAAGCGGACAAGGCCAGCGAGACUGUUCAUCCUUCGAUAAAAAACUGUCGCGUGAAUGAUUGGCAUGCUUCUCAGUGUGUGCUAGUACUCCAGUAUGAUGAUUCUAGGUAGUAGAUAAAUACAGUACCAGUUAUUUCCGGCCAACAUGUUAUGUGCUAUGCUAAUCAAUUGAUCCGUCGCUCACUCAUAAACUCGUUCGUGACC